UUAUUCAAAUUGAACUCUUUUUCCAUUUAAUUUGGAAGAGCCAGGUUUGGGCCUCUAUCCAAUAUUCAGACAGCCCAACACCUAGACCCAAUACGAAUUAAUGUCCAGGCCCAAACGUUUUCUGUAACAGCCCACUCUAUUUUAAACAACCAUCCAAUCUUCCGACCCAUUACCAAUUAACCCCAGGCGGCCCAUCCUCCUCAACCCAACUCACUAAAACCCAUAACCCAAACCAACUCACUAAAACCCAUAACCCGACCCAACACUUGACUCAAAAAACCCGGCCCCAUCCUUUCUUCUUCCCCCUUCCCCUACGCCAUUCCCAGAAGAGCAAAACAACGCAAAAAAAAAACGCAGACGGAGCAGACUCCGAAAAUGGAAAAUCUCUCCCACACUCUCGCGUCUACCUCACGCCCAGACUCCCCCUCUCUCACCCCUCUUUCGCGUCUCCCUCACGCGUACGCUCCCCUGUCCCUCGCCAACGCACCUCGCAGUAGCCCAAGUUUGACCGUUUAGCUUUUCCAGACGCGAUUCUGUCCUCGCAGCUCUAGAUCGAGACACGUAGCCGCCCAAGGACACUUCUCCCCACCCCGAUCGUCCGCUCGACCCUUUCUCUUUCGGAAUGGGGCGAAUUUUUCAGAAAAAGGGGUCUGACCCAAAGAGAAAGGGAUUCAAAUUUCGAAUUCAAAGGGGCCUCAAGUCACGUUCCCGCCCUCCCUCUUCCAAAAUCCUAAUAUCCCCUAUAUAAACCCCUUCCGUCCUCAAGAAAAGGGGUUAUAGAUUUUUAUCAAAAAUUUCAGAGAGGUAGAACUUGGGUUUGGAAUUUCGGACGAAUAUUUUAGUUGAAAAUCGUUAGCAAACUUGGAGAGUUCUAUCACGAAGAUUGGAGACGAAGUUUGAGAGAGCUCUCCGUUUCCCUUUCCGUUUGUGUUAAAGAGAUUCGCAGACGACAAUAGAUUCCGCCUGGCUUUCGUUUUCUUUUCCAUCUUGUUUCGCUGUUUGGGUCGUUAUUGAACCGUCUCUCGAAUCCUCGCGUUGUGGUGGAGUUCGCUGCUGUCGCCUGCUGCUCACCGUCCCAGUUUGCUGCUUCCGAACAGAUAUGGACCGCUUCCCGAAAUUCAACAUGGUCAUCUCCGCGCCACCCCAACUAACAAUGUGGCACAACGACUUAGACGGAGAUCAUAGGCGGACUCUCAACAAGUAUGUAGGGGCCUUGACCGAGCUAAUCAACAUGGACGGUUGGCCAGAGUUGAUAGAGGUACUCACGGGGUAUUGGGACAGCCAAAGAAUGGUCUUCCGUUUUGGAACGGCCGAAAUCACCCCUACAUUAGAAGAAAUAAGAGAUUGCAUAGACACUGUGGGCACGGGUCUAAAAAGAAGAGCCCGAAAGCAAGAAGACGUGUUUAUCCCCAACAAACCUUCCGUUGAGGACAUCUCGGAUUGGUUAGGGCUAAGAAAGGAUUUCACUUAUUGGUGUCAAGAUUCCCACAUAAUGUUCAGAGAUCUCUACGUCAGAUUUGGACACGCGAGUUUCUAUGCCGCGUAUAAUCGGGAAUUCAAGAUUUCCUACAGGGAGUGGAACGAGCUCCGUCCGUUGGCAUUUGCCAUAGCUUUGUUGGGAACGAUGGUCUUCCCGCACGGCCCGAGCCUGAGCAUCAACACCAGAGUCAUAACACUUGUCCAGACGCUGUUCAAAGGGUACGAGAAUCAAGGGACGACAAAAUACUACUCCGUAGCCCCGGUCAUAUUGUCAGACAUAUAUCGCGCUUUGGGUAAGUGCAAAGAGGGACAUCGGUACUUCCAGGGUUGUAAUCUGCUCCUCCAAUGGUGGAUUCUCAGCCACUUGGUGAGGGGUGCCGGAACUAGAGAACUGCACACUCUCGACAACAAGAACACCCUCAAGGACUUGAACGACUUGUUAUUCUGGGCAAACAUGAACAAUUGGAAAACAAGAGGGAGGUGGACCAAAAUUUUCUCCGAGUUGAGAGAAGAGGACCUCCAAUGGAUGCUCGACCGCUUCAUAUCCAAAUAAGUUGUCGUAGAAAGUCGUAGAUGUGUCGUGCUCCCUCUACCCGGUAUUCGAGGAAUCCGCCCUUACGCGCCGUUUCGAGUCUUGCGACAGUUCGGAAGAAAGCAGACUAUGCCUAGAGAAGCGUAUUAUGGUGCUUAUGUAUAUGACAUCGGGGACGACAGGGUGGACGACGCUACAGAGAUGCUCAGAGAAUGGAAGAACGCCAGGCGUAUGGGUAAAGACACUAUCGCUCCUGACCGAUUCGACGCUGGAUACGACGAAGGUUACAAGGCAUGGUUGAAAAGAGAUAUACAAAAUAUCUCCUUUCAAAUCCCUCGUAGCUUUCGCACUGUGACAGACAAGGAGGCUAAAGCAAUGACCAAAUUGCGAGAGUUAAAGGAGGAAGCUAAUGAGGUCUAUGCCAAAUUUGUAGAGAAUCAAGACGCACUCGAGAGGGCAACUCGAGAGAUCGAGAGACUGAAGCAAGGAUAUGAAGAGUUCGACAACUGGAUCCAGCAGAAAAUUGAGAGGAUGCGAUACGAGAGCCUGGAAGACAAAGGGCGUCUGGGCGAAGGCUUUCUGUUGAUGCUGAGGUACAUGUUCCAACAGCACAAAAACCAGAAAGACGACAACGGAGCGGGAUCGUCCGGAGCAGCAUAGUGGAUAUCGCCCCUGCGCGGGUUUUUCCUUGUUGUAUUCGCAUUACUUUCGCCCCUGCGUGGGCCUGAUAUUAUCGCACUUUCUAAAUAGCCCCUGCGUGGGUUUGUUUAUUUCCCUUUUAAAACAUUUCACUCAUUGUUAAAUAUUAUUUUUGGGGGGAAUCAUUUAAUUGGUUUAAACUCA